CUCCUUCGCCACAGAUAUCGCUCGUGGGAUGUCGUACCUGCAUCAGUUUAAGAUCUGCCACGGACGACUGAAAUCAGCCAACUGUGUGAUCGACGACCGCUGGGUGUGUAAGAUCACAGAUUACUGUCUGUGGAUGUAUCGGCGCGAGGACUGCGCAGAACCUCUCACCACGUACCAGCAGAGUCUGAAGGAGGUUUACACGCCGCCCGAGGCCCAGAGCGGCAGCCAGGAGCCCACGCUGACCGGAGACGUGUUCAGCUAUUCAAUCAUCUUACUGGAGAUCGCCACCCGGAAUGAUCCAGUGCCGGCUGAGGACAGCUCUCUGGAGUGCGGCUGGUGUCCUCCGCUGCCGGAGCUGAUUUCAGGGAAAGCCGACAGCACCUGCCCCUGUCCUGCUGAAUACGCUGAGCUGAUUCGCCGAUGCCGUGCUCAUAACCCCGCCCACCGGCCCACCUUUGAGCAGAUCCGCAAGUUUGUCAACAGAAUCAACCCGCACAAAGUCAGUCCUGUAGACAUGAUGAUGGAGCUGAUGGAGAAGUACAGUAAACAUCUGGAAGUUCUGGUCGGUGAACGGACGCAAGAUCUGAUGCUGGAGAAACAGAAGACCGACAGACUGCUUUACAGUAUGCUGCCUAAACAGGUGGCUGAUGACCUUCGACAGGGCAAACCGCUACAAGCCCAGAGUUACGUCAGCGCCACUGUGUUCUUCAGUGAUAUCGUCGGAUUCACGCAGUUGUCCAGCACUAGCACUCCUUACCAGGUGGUUGAUUUCCUCAACAAACUCUACACCACCUUUGACGAGAUCAUCGACAACCAUGAUGUUUAUAAAGUGGAAACCAUCGGCGAUGCUUAUAUGGUUGUGUCCGGUGUACCGAGAGAGAACGGGAUUCUCCACGCCUCUGAGAUCGCCAGCAUGGCUCUGGACCUGGUGUCUGUCUGCAAGACCUUCAGAAUCCCCCACAGACCACAAACCCAGCUGCAGAUCCGGGCUGGAAUACAUUCAGGUCCAGUCGUCGCAGGAGUUGUGGGAACUAAGAUGCCGAGAUACUGUCUGUUUGGAGACACGGUGAACACGGCGUCCCGAAUGGAGUCCACCAGCGAAGCGUUGAAGACCCAGUGCAGCUCCAGCGCGUUUUACCUGCUGGAGGAGAUCGGCGGAUACGUGCUCACCUGCAGAGGAGUCUUACAGGUUAAGGGUAAAGGUGACAUGGUGACGUACUGGCUGGAAGGGAAGCGUGCUGCAGCUCCGGCUAAAGACGCGAGGGACCCCGAGACACACACUGACGAUUACUCCAGUAUCCCAGGAGUCCUCAGCGGCUCUGACAGCGCUGACCUGCUGUGUGACCCCUGACACGCACCUGUCUGUCCGUAGAGAGUCACAGGUGUGUGUUUAUCACAGUGAAGCAGCUUUAGUUUAGCUGCUGCUCGUUUAGGAUGACGUGUAACUUUAGCUGUACUUGUGUAUUUCCUCUGUGUUUGAUCAGUCACUGUUUGUAGCAUCAGAAUAACGGCAACCGAGCCAAUGAUAGUAAACACCGGAGUACUGAUUAUAUAGAUUUAUUCAUAAAAAAUAAAAACAAAUGCAUUUAAUGAU